AUAGCAAUCUCUCUCCUCUCCCCACCGCUCCUCCUCCCCUCGCCGCCACUCCAGCCGCCGAGAGGAGGGAUCGAUCCCAUCCCGGCGGGAGCUCCGCCGCAAACUUCUCCAUAAGGCCCCCGUCCGCAGCUCCGCUUCGUUUGCCAGUCAAAGCUCGCGACGCGCCUCCGUCUCCGUCCCCGUCUGGUCCCCGGCAAUCUUUCAGCUGCUUUCGCGUGCGCUUCCGGCGGGUGGGAGUGAUACGAUUUUGAUGUGUCUCCGUAGCGCGAUUUCCCCCGCCUUAUCUUGUCCCCUCCCCUCCCCGUGCCUAUCCCACCCACCUUCUCGCCGGGCCAGGGCUUCCGGCGCGUUCCCUGCGCAACAGGGUAGCUUCUUGCUGAGUAGCGUGGGAGGGUUCUUGGGGUUUGGGGUAUGGACCCAGUGCCGAGCCUGGUCAAGGAGGAGGAGGAGGAGGGUGCCCACGGGACAGGCGAUUCGCCGGCGGUCGGGGCGGCGCCAAGGCCGAUGGAGGGGCUGCACGACGCCGGGCCGCCGCCGUUCCUGACGAAGACGUACGACAUGGUCGAUGACCCCAACACCGACAGCAUCAUGUCGUGGAGCGCCGGCAACAACAGCUUCGUGGUGUGGGAUCCGCACGCCUUCGCCACCGUGCUGCUGCCCAGGCAGUUCAAGCACAGCAACUUCUCCAGCUUCGUCAGGCAGCUCAACACCUAUGGCUUCAGAAAGGUGGAUCCUGACAGAUGGGAGUUUGCCAAUGAGGGUUUCCUACGGGGACAGAGGCACCUUCUGAAGAACAUCAGGCGUCGUAAACCUCCCGCUCAUACUGCCUCAAAUCAGCAGUCCCUUGGAUCUUACCUUGAGGUGGGGCACUUCGGAUAUGAUGCAGAGAUUGACCGGCUGAAAAGGGACAAGCAACUGUUGAUGGCAGAAGUGGUGAAGCUAAGGCAGGAACAGCAGAACACGAAGGCGCGUCUGAAAGCCAUGGAGGAUAGGCUAUGUGGAACCGAGCAGAAGCAGCAGCAGAUGACGUCAUUCAUGGCACGUAUCUUGCGGAACCCUGAAUUCUUGAAGCAACUGAUUGCCAAGAAUGGGAUGAGGAAGGAGCUCCAUGACGCUAUCUCGAAGAAAAGGAGGCGCCGCAUCGACGGUGGACCUGAAGCUUAUGCCAUGGGUGCUAGUAGCAGCAGCCUGGACCAAGAGUUGCCUGUUGUGUUUGAUUCUCAUGGGUCAGUGGAACUUCUUGCCGAGGGGUCGGUGCCGGUGGAACUCCUUUCUGACGGGAUCCCACCCGAUCUGGAAGGCUCAGUGGACCUCCUUGGUGACGAGAUCCCACCUGGCCUGGAAGGUUCAGUGGCACUCCUUGCUGACGGCCUGGAAGGUUCCGUGGAACUCCUUGUUGAUGGGAUUCCAUCUGAUCUCGACGCAGGUAUCGACUCUAACGGCGUAACAGAGCCACAGGAUUAUGGUCUCGGUACCUGUGAAGCGCAGCAGAACAGAGCCCCGGGGCUGUUCCAUGAUAAUUUCUGGGAGGAGCUGCUGAACAAAGGACUCAGCGUUGAGAACGACGAGCCGGUUAACGUAGACGGCAUGGAUGUGCUGUCUGAGAAGAUGGGUUAUCUCAUCCCAAAUAGCCCAACCCUCUCAACCUAGUUCCAUUUCAUUCUAUCAAAUUGCGGCGACUUUCUUCAUGUUUCAUCUAUCCACCCUGCAGUGCAUAUGCAAGUGUCGUCCCCACCGUGUCCUGGUCUUCGAGUCGUCUAAACCCUAGACUUCCCUGGGAUUAUGUGAUUUAUGAGUGUUUCCUUCGAUUGACCUUAGAGAUCUGUUUGUUGUUUCAGGCAAUAUAGCCUCGUCACUCUGUAAAAGCGGGCGCUGCUAGCUGUUGAAUGCACAUGUUCUGAUCUAUACCGUGUAAGACCGUCUUUUGUGGACUAAAGUUGUACUCCCGUCUGGAUUUA